AUGGUACUUUCUAGGACUAUUAGCAGACCGGCACAUGUGUGGAAUCAAAGUUGGAUCCUGUUAUCAGAUGGUCUACUGCACUAUCGGAGAAACUUGGCAAAUAAUCCAGAUUUGCAACUCAGUGAGGUCGAUUUGCAAAAUUUAACUUUGAUUGAGAUUGAAACCUUACUUCAAGCCAGUCGUAGAAGCCUGCACGAUUUCAAACUGAUUCCGUAUCCAAGUGAUUACGUCCUUCAACAACUAGGCAACCGCCUGAUCUAUGAAGAAAGAUUGUAUAAUAUAGCAGUAAUAAAAUCUGAGUUCCAAUCACUUUUCACGGCACUUACAAAAGAACAAAGAGCCAUCUAUGACAAAAUAAUAUUUGCUGUCAACAACCAAAAGGGAGGAGUCUUUUUCUUGCAUGGUUAUGGAGGUACUGUCGCCUCAAGUGGAAUUGCUUCUCUGUUAUUACCUGGCGGUAGAACAGCUCACUCCAAGUUCAAACUACCAGUGCCAACGUUGGAAAAUUCUACUUGCAAUAUAAUAUUUAAUGAUGACUAUGCUGAGUUACUUCGCCAAUCGAAGUUGAUAAUUUGGGAUGAGGCACCUAUGGCAAUUAAAUUUUGUUUCGAAGCUCUUGAUAAAACUUUAACGUAUGUCAUGAGUAGCUACGGAAACUCUCAAGUGAUUUUUGGUGGUGAAGGUCGGAUAUCUGAGCCAAAUGAUGGUUAUGCUGAAAUUGAAAUACCACCUGAGCUUUUAAUUCAAGACUUUGAUGACCCUAUAGUUGUUAUUGUUGAUAGUACUUAUCCAGCUUUCAUGGAUAAUUACAAGUCUUAG